UUUUAUUAUGUCAUGGAUAUCUAUGGUCUUCAGUAUGAUUUCAGUUUUCAUUCGUCAAUCUACAAGGUUUAUGGUACUAUACGUUCAAGCAGCUAAGCCAGCCGGGAGUUCACGAUGAUUGCAAACUCACUUCGAAGAUUUGCCCAGGAGAAUUUUAGCGACAAGUACUUACCAGUCCUCCACGGUGAAACAGAAAAUGUCAAGCCUUUGGCACUGGUAGUCAAACAACGUCGGUCGAUAUGGAAGCGUCCGUUUGCAAAAUUGGAAAUGGUAAUUCUUGCAGGACUUGAGAGAUAUGUGGAGAGCGGCGAAGAAGAAGCAUUCCUUGAAUCCGUUAGGUCCAAAAUCACAAAAGAAGAGUUCUUAAAGACACAAAAAGUUGGCAUGGGGUCAAGUUCUCAUGAGCUCCGCGUAGAGAUAGGAGGACAUGUGACCGAGGGAACGUUCAAAUCAAGUGAUGAGCAGGGAGUCCUGAAGCUUGGCAACUUAAGUCAGGACUACAUUUCAGACCCAGAUCUCCGCACUGUACUGGCUAAUGCAGAACUGGAUGCCAAAAGAAUGAAGGAUUUUGAGGAUCAAGAGCUACUUCUUGCAACGUCUGUGAUUUACAGCGAUAAAUUUGUGCUUAGAGGGAAAAGAAAGCGUCAGGUAUUAAUUUUGUCCAACAUAUGUUGUGUUUCGAAUUCUAAAAAUUGUAUUAGCAAAGUUGCUCUUCUGNAUUCUCUUACUGAUUUAUAUAUUGUUAUUGAUUUUCCAUACUUUAUUAAGCGGACCAGAAUCAAGAGUUAUGAUGAAUAUUUAUGCUCUUUUAUCGAGCCGACCCCUAGUGUAAAACAGCUCAAUGACAUUUUUAAUAGCUUUUUAAUCUAG